AUGACUACAGCUCGUCAGAAAGUCGCUCAAUUGCGUGACCAGGUCGCCUCGCUAGUCGACCAGACUGGCUCGUUUAAACGGGACCACUCGAAGGUGGUCUUGGCCUUUGAACGCGAAGGGGUUCUUCGCCUCUCGAAACGGGCUCGUACUGAUAUUAUGGGCAAAGACGUCCAACGUAAAACAUAG